AUGACAGAAGUAGAAAUGCCGCACGGUACCCCUAAUACGAAUCCAUUUCAUGCGUCAGAUUCAAAUAACGGUUCUCUAAUAGCACCAGAUAACGUCAGCAACCAUUCUAGAGAAAUUUGCAAGAAGUGUAACCAACCGAUUAAUGAAGGUCAUGCUUAUGAGCUUGGUGAAGAUAGGUGGCAUAUAAAUUGUUUCAACUGUUCAAAAUGUAAUAUAUCAUUAGGUUGUAAUUCAAAUUUCCUCGUAUUGGGUAAUGGAAAUUUAAUCUGUUCAAAUUGUUCCUAUAAUUGUAAACAAUGUGGAAGGAAAAUUGAUGAUUUGGCUAUUUUGACUGGGGAUCAAGCUUAUUGUUCAAAUUGUUUUAAAUGUAGAAGUUGUAAGAAUAAGAUUGAAGACUUGCGUUAUGCAAGAACCUCUAAAGGGUUAUUUUGUAUGGAAUGUCACGAGAAGUUAAUGGCUAGAAAGAAGAAGUACGAUGCAAAGAAGAAAAAGAUGGCAUUGAUGGGAAAGCAGAAACAACAACAACUGCAGCUUGAAGAGGAAGAAGAACAAAAUUCACAAGCACACCCCCAACCACAACACCAAACAUUGUUGCAGAAUUUACAGCAACAAGAAGAUGUCCGUGGGUCCGUCGAUUCUCAUCGUGAAAGCCUCAUUCAAGCUUACCUUCACACAAAUUUAAGUGGCACUUCAGAUUUUGAAACACUCAAAACCCCAUCACCUGCAUUGCUGAAGAAUAAGAAUUUGCCUUUACCCCCACCCAUAACUGACGGAACCCCUAGAACUCCACCGCUUGAUCCAAAUUCAAGAGAUAAGCUGAAAGAUUCAACACCUAUAUCUUUUAUCAGUACAGAUAUCGCAACAACAACGAAUGUUCUGAGCAACGUUGGAAGUCUCACCCAUAAACAACUUAAACAGACGGAAGCGGUAGAUAAUGACUUUUCAAUAGAAGAAGUACAAAAUUCCGACGAAGAUGAAGAGCAAGGGAUCAGAAAGGAAACUUCUUUAAGACAUAAAUCACAUUCUCCUUCAAAGCUACAAAACCAUGUUAUUGCCACACCUUCAAGCAGCUCACAUGAUACUGAAUCAAUUCUUGACAGGUCAAUAUAUAAUGAAAUUCUUGUGUCUACCCCACCACCACCCACCAGUGCCCCAGAAGGUACAAAAGCUGUGCUCCAGUUAGAACCGCCGGCCAAUAUUGCAGUUACUCCAAAGCAACAACUAGCUCCACCAACUUCUAAGAAUGUGCUUAUCCUUUCACCUAAUCAAUACAAUGACAAUCAAUUCCACAAUAUGGAGCCGAUAGGGUCUCAAUCACCAAUAAAAAGCUCUGGUGCAGGAAGUACUACAACCACCAGCACAAUCAAUUCCAAUUCCAACUCGACUACUUCAUCUUCUAGUGCUACUCUUGCACUUCCAAUUCCAGAACCAUCCAGAUCUUUAAUUUCUUCUCCAAUAGCGAAAGCAAAUAGACAAGCUCGCGUAGUGGAAACCACAAGCGACGAGAUUCUCUCUCAAGAAAUCACAGACGAUGACCACUUAAAUGACUUAUCCAGAACACCAUCAAAACCAAAAAGUCCAUUUCAAUUAUCUUCCCCACCUCCCAGAAUGCCAGUCCCAAGUACACCUCCGGUUUCUAUACCUUUCCACAUUCAUCUGACUCCCGACACUAGAGAAUCAGAACAUAAGACAGCCAAACCAAGUGACCCACAAGCAGAAUUGAAAGGUCUUGGAUUAUUGACGGGAGAAUCAGACGUGAUUCAGCAGCUGUUACAGGAAUUACAUUCCGGGUCGCCCAAGAAAUCUUUAUCGUCUCCAAUGAGUAUGCAACCUGACAGAAAUGAAGCUGUUUCCAGUAAUGGCAUAGGCAGGAAGUCAUCUUUGCUUCGUGGUCUUAAACAUAAUAGGUCCUCACUGGGCAGUAUUUCCAAUUCUAUAGCUGGUUUCUUUAGUGGAAAGAAAGAUGACAAGACUCAUAUUCGUCGUGUUUCUGAUGGGUCGACGAGCCUUAUGGUAACUAGUCCUAUGAUUAGUCCACCUAUGAGACAAUUCCCAGCUCAUAAUCUUUCUGCUGAGAUUGAGGAGGAAGAAGAUAGAUUGAAUGCGUUAAAGGAUGAAGUCGUUGGAUGGGAAAAGAAGAAGAGAAAUUUGGAGGAAGAUGUGAAGGGUUUAUCGACUGAGAAGAAUAGAUUAUUGGCAGAGUUGAAGGCUUUGCAGGUUAAGAUUACGGCUGAAGGUCUGAAAUAUGAUAAUUUGAUAACGGAGAUUAAUGCAUUGAAUUUACAAAAGAUGAAACUAAAAGAAGAAUCCAAGCAUGCUGCAUUAACUAGAACUAUGACUAACAUUGAAGCUGGUGACAAUAAUUUGACUCCAACUAAUAGUGCUGUAUAUUCAGGACCACUUUACAAAGGAUCAUCAGAUGAUAUCGCCAUGUCUAUGACUGAAGCCACUACGAUAAAUGAGGAAGCUCCUGAUCAACAUAAGUCUACCAGAUUAAUGUUCUGGCGUAGAGGAAGGAAUGACAAUAGUGCUGUCGCAUCCAAUAACAGCAAAUCAGGCUCCAAUCUAUCAUUAAUGACAAAUUCCAAUUCACAGACAACCAGAGCAACCCCAGCUUCUACUGGGAAAGGAAAAUUCACUAGAUCCAUAUCCACAAACAUCCUAGAUUCAUUCAUUGGUGAUUCACAUAAUAACAAUCACGCAAAUGGACUCGUAAAUUCUGCUCCAUUGUUCUCUACCACCAUUGCGAGAAGAGCCGAAUCUGAGGGUGCUGCUGUCCCAUUGAUUAUCCGCAAAUGUUUGACUGAAGUUGAAAAACGUGGGUUGGAUUUCGAGGGUAUAUAUCGUAUUUCUGGUGGGAACUCGUCUAUUACAGUAAUUGAAGGUACAUUUGCCAAUCUUAACCCGAAGCCAGAUUCAAAGAGUUUGAAUAAAUUGAAUGAAGUGUUGGGUUCUGGAGAUAUUAACUCCGUCACUCUGGCUCUCAAGAGAUAUUUAAGGAAAUUGCCUGACCCGAUAAUCAGUUAUGAUUUAUAUGACGCGUUUAUUGAUAUUUCGAAGAUGGAAGCAGAUCGUUCUGUUAAGAUUGAACAUUUGAAGAAACAAGUUGUUGAGAAAUUGCCACAAGCUAAUAGAGAGACUUUGUCGUUAUUGUGUCGUCAUUUGAGGUUGGUGGAUUCGAUGAAGGGAAUGAAUAAAAUGAAUUUCAAGAACUUGUCAGUGGUUUUUGCUCCUACUUUGGCUAGAGAUGAAGUUGGUGAUCGAGAAAUGCUGGAUAUGGCAUAUAGAAACGAGACUACGGAGAUAUUAUUAUCAGAAUCUGAUAAGAUAUUUUCUUAG